GAAAGUUUUUCGGAAUCCCUCUCUUCCUAUCUCUCUAUCAAUUAAAUAGCAAUUAUUUUUUGUUAAAAGAAUUAAUUCCUUCAGUUUAUUUAAUCUUUUGCAAGUAUAGAGUGAACAUAGAUUUUUUCUUAAAUUCUUAAUAAAAUCUCCGAAAGAAGAAUGGCUGGACUUAAGUUGUAUUAUGAUUUAUUUUCUCAACCAUCAAGAGCACUAUAUAUUUUUCUAAAAGUAGCUGGUAUACCUUUUGAGGCAAAACCAAUAAAGCUAGUGAAACUUGAACAUUUAACUCCCGAAUUUGAGGCCUUCAAUCCAUUUAAAAAAGUUCCAGUUAUAGAGCAUAAUGGAUUUAAGUUGAUAGAAAGUAUUGCGAUUGUGAGAUACUUAUGCAGAGAAUAUAAAGUAGCCCAACAUUGGUAUCCUACUUCGUCUAAAGAACAAGCCAAAGUCGAUGAGUAUUUAGAAUGGCAACAUUUAAAUACUAGAAUAAAUUGUGCAUCAUAUUUUUUUGUUAAGUAUCUUAAACCUUUGCAGACAGGAAAGUCAUCUAAACCUGAACAAGUAGAAAAGUAUAAAGAGCGAAUGCUAGCUUGCCUUGAUUUAAUAGAGAAUAUUUGGCUAAAGGACAAAUUAUUUCUUACGGGCGAUAAAAUUAGUAUAAGUGAUAUAUUUGCAGCUUGCGAAUUAGAGCAACUAUGCUUAGCUGGAUAUGAUCCACGUGUAGAAUGGCCACGUAUCAAUGCUUGGAUGGAACGAAUACAGCAGGAAACUAAACCUUACUACAAUGAAGCUCACAAACUAUUGAAUAACAUUGUAGAGAAACAGAACCAAACUGCCAGUAAGCUGUAAUCAUUAGGACGUUAAUUUUUUUGUUAUCAUAUAUUUUCUUUUAUGUUAUUAUCAUAUUA